AUGUCGUGUAACCCAGGAGACGGAGGAAGACGGGUCCAUCGAUGUCUGUCCAUCGUGGAUGUGACUUGUCUAGGACUUUGCUACUCCGAACUCGCAACCCGUUUUCCGCUAGGUGGCUCUGCCUAUAUUUAUACCUAUGCCACAACAGGAGAGUUCUGUGCCUUUGUUAUCGGUUGGGGCAUGGUAUUAGAAUACACACUUGGUGCUGCCCUAGCGGCUAAAUCUUGGAGUCAGUAUAUUGAUGUAGUGACGAACGGCAGUCUUUUUCGCACUUUAAACCAGCCACUAGGUGUCAUCAGUAUACCAGGAUUUGAUUCCAACCCUGAUGUAUCAGCUGUUCUAGUGAUACUUACUAUGAGUCUCGGAUUUAUCGGUAAAGUAAAGUUUUCUUGUACCAUCAACAACGUUCUGAUGUUUGUGGAUUUUCUGGUUGUUGUUGGUAUUGUUCUGGUGGGAUUAUUUAACAUGGACUCCAAGAAUUGGACUGCAGGAACUGGUUUCUUCCCAUUUGGUGUAAGUGGGGUCCUUACGGGUGCCAGUUUGUGUUCCUUUGCUUUUAUUGGCUUCGAUAUUAUAGCGACAUCUACCAGAGAAAUGGAAAACUGUUCUACAGUUCUUCCUGGAGCUGUUAAUAUCACUUUUAUUAUUGGUCUUGUAACAUCUUUCAUUAUAGCGUCUGUCAUUACUUUGGUGAUUCCAUCAUCUCUUCUUGAAAAAAGAGGUUAUCUUCUCCAAGCUUUCGACAUCCGAAAAAUCCGUGGAAUCAAUGUCUUCGUUAUCAUUGGAGCCAACUGUGGUUUAAUGUCAUCUUUAUGGGCCUGUUUAUUCGCUUUGUCUCGUAUUCUGCAUAAUUUGGCAAAUGAUGGUUUCCUCUUAUCCUUCCUAAAGCAAAACAAUGACAUAACUGGUACGAAUUGGUGUGCAAGUCUGACGUCGUUCCUUCUAUCUGCAUUUAUCGCUUUCUUCUGUGACUCUACAAGUUUAUUAAAGAUGGUGGGCAUGGGAACUCUGGUGUCCUUUUGUUCUGUUGCAGCUUCUGUGCUCUGUCUUCGCUAUGGAGUUGCCGAGCGGCUUCCUUUGGAACAAAGAGAGUUAUCUCAAGAGUCUACAUUAACUCUGUCUCUAGGAGGAGUCAUUGAGCAAUAUUUGAAUCAGGUGAAUUCUAGCACUCAAACUUCGUCGUCUUAUUUUAGCUCUUUCACAGAAGAUUUACCUGUAUCGUCUUAUGCUUUAGAAAAUUGGAAUAGAGAAUCUUCAGCAAACAAGGUUGUUGUUCCAUCUGGUGAACAAAUUGGGGAGGCAUCCGUGAUGUUGAGUGGAAUAUCAAGAGAGUAUGGAGCUCUCUCACCAAAGACAACAUCCAUAGAGUUCGUGAACGACAGUUAUAUCACCUCU